CCGGUACAUCGACCAACCCGCCGCGCCUAUGGUAUGGCCGUACCGCCACAAAUAUACGAUCAUCAACACCUCAUAAAAUUGCCUCCAAUGCUCAGGUUUCAUCCGAAGGCGAGCGCAUCGGAGGGUUCGAACGGCCUUGUUCCGAACACAAACACCCGCAACACGGAGAGGGAUAAAGAAAAGGGUGCGAACGUCGAGGAUAGGGAAUCCCAUAAGAGGCAUGGCACUUACGAUCGCUACAUUAUCACGGAAGACGAUUGUUAUGAGGAACUGGGAUAUUCAUGGCCAACCUGGAAGAAAUGGGGCAUCCUCACCAUCGUUUUUCUUGUCCAAGUCUCAAUGAACUUCAACACCGCGCUGUACUCGAACGGAAUAACCGGGAUAUCCGCCGAGUUUGGUGUUAGCCAUCAGGCCGCUCGUCUGGGCGCUGCGCUCUUCUUGAUAUUCUAUGCCUUUGGAUGUGAACUCUGGGCUCCCUGGUCUGAGGAACUGGGCAGAUUCCCCGUCCUCCAGCUAUCGUUGUUUCUCGUCAACAUAUGGCAAAUACCGGUCGCCUUGGCUCCGAACUUUGGGACUAUCCUUGCUGGCCGCGCGUUGGGAGGUCUUUCCACUGGAGGAGGCAGUGUGACACUGGCCAUGGUUGCUGAUAUGUGGGAAGCCGAUGCGCAACAGUAUGCGGUGGCAUACAUCGUCUUCUCGUCUGUUGGAGGGUCUGUACUUGGCCCUAUUGUCGGCGGCUUUGUCGAGGAACAUCUACACUGGCGUUGGACUAUCUGGAUCCAGCUCAUUUUCGGAGGCUUCGUGCAGCUGCUUCACCUUUCCCUCGUUCCGGAGACCCGAUCAACCAUACUAAUGGACAGAAUCGCCCGAAGACGCCGCCAAGAAGGCGAUCAGAACGGUGUGCCGGUGAAUAUAUGGGGUCCCAACGAGCUGACGCCAUGCAAAGACCGGUUUUCGAUGAGAGAGAUUCUCGUUACGUGGAUUCGCCCCUUCCGCAUGUUCCUCACUGAGCCAAUUGUCCUAUGCCUCAGCCUACUUUCCGGUUUCUCCGACGCCAUUAUCUUCAUGUUCUUACAGUCGUAUGGCCUGGUGUACAGGCAAUGGAACUUCACCCCAAUCGCUAUCGGCCUCUCGUUUAUCCCCAUCGGCAUAGGCUACCUUCUCGCAUGGUUAUCUUUCCUUCCGGCUAUUAAGCACAAUAUGAAGGUUCGCGCUGCUCGGCCAAACGACGAACGCGCGCAGUAUGAGAAUCGGCUUUGGUGGCUCCUCUACACCGUUCCCUGUUUGCCAGUCGGCCUCAUCAUAUUUGCUUGGACGUCGACGGGUCCACCGAUCCACUGGGUAGGAUCCAUGGUUGCAUCUGCUCUUAUCGGAAUUGCCAAUUAUGCCAUUUACAUGGCGACGAUCGACUACAUGAUCUGUGCCUAUGGUCCUUAUUCCGCAUCAGCAACCGGAGGGAACGGCUGGUCUCGCGACAUACUGGCAGGCGUCCUGACGCUCCCCGCCACUCCUUUUUACCAGAACAUUCCCAGCUCUUCAGAUCCCAAACACGUUGCGUACGCGUCCACGAUCCUUUUCGGCAUCUCCAUACUCUUGGGACCACUUUUACGCGAGAGGUCGCCGUUUGCCCAAAAGCUGGCAAAAGUCAGAGAAGAGACGGGCGGAAGGAACAUUGGUGCCCUUCCAAACAUUUACGGACUUGGGAGUUUACGGCAAACCGAAGCCGCAAUUGAGAAACUACAGGAGCGAAGAAGAUCUCUCAGCAUCCGUCACUCACAGGAAGGUGUGCGGGAGGUCUAAUUCGGCUGCCGGGUCAAGGUGGAGCUGCCGUCCUGCAGCCGUUUUUCGACAUGUAAGUUUCCGUAUACAUGUCGGCUAUACCCUCCGUGUGUCGCCGUAGGUACAAGUGAACGGUAACCGAUGCUUGUACAGUGUGCGCAUAGAGGAGGAUAGCGAAGUGGUUCGGAGAAGGGAAGCUGGAAUAUGUGCAUUUGAGCACUUCAGACGUCGAAAGCAGGCAUGAAAUAGGUAUGGUCGACUGUCUUUACGGAUUGAAACCGGUUCAAGUGUGAGGGAGUCUAGGGGCUCAGAUUCCAAGCUCGCAAGACGAGCAGGAACCCGAAUAUCCUCCUGAGAAAUACAGCUUAUAUUGUUCUUUUUAGGGAAUGAAGAAAGUGGCAUUGUUGUAAUUGCUGAG